AUGAUGGUAUUCAUAGAUGAAAUGACUUCUACAAGUAUAAUGUUGAGACUAACACUUGGACACAAAUAACUAAUAACGACACUCCACCUUCACCCAGAGACAGACAUAUUGCAGGUAAGAUCUAUGCAGUCUGUUAAUUAUCAUUUAGUGGUUCACAAUAGAUCAAUUUAUAUUUUCGGUGGGUACGAUGGGUUUAACAGAGUGAAUGACUUCUAUGAAUACAACGUGGACUAUAACACUUGGCAAGAAGUCCUAUGCUCAGGUUCCAGUUCGCCUCCUACACCAAGGCAUUCACACUCUGCUGUAGUUUAUGAGGAUUCUAUGUAUGUGUUCGGAGGCUACGACGGGCAUUAUAGAAAUGAUUUUUACAGAUUUAACUUUGUCACUAGCAAUUGGUCAUAAAUUAAUCUAAAACCUAAUGGAAAUGGAGUGUGGCCCAAAAGCAGGUACAGAACUAGCACCACUGUUUACAAAGAUAUGAUGUUUCUAUUUGGAGGGCAUGAUGGUGCAAGACAAUUAAAUGACUUCUAUUGCUUUAAUUUCACAACUGAGAUGUGGACUUUGGUUGAAUCAGAAACAAAUCUGACUCCCUCCCCAAGAGACUCUCAUAUUUUAGUAAACUCAGGAAAUUCUAUCUUUCUAUUUGGAGGAUCUACGGGGAAUCCCAGAUCAGAUUUUUAUGAAUUCAAGAUUGAUGAAUCUAAAUGGAUUGCUGUUAAUCACAAAGGAGGAAAGCCCCCAACCUCAAGAUUCUGCCAUGUAGGCUUUGUUCUUAAAAAGAAAUUUUACAUAUUCGGAGGAUAUGAUGGAGAUAGCAGACUUAAUGACUUCCAUUACUUUCUAAUCGAUGAUAGAACACUUGAUAUCCCUGCAAGCACAUUAAUUACUGAUCUUGAUAAUCUUAUUUAGAAUCCUAAAUUUUCAGACGUUUGCUUCGUACUUGAGGGUAAUAAAGAAUUCCCGUCUCACAAGCUUCUCUUAUCAAGGUGUCCAUAUUUCGCAGCAAUGUUUUCUACUGAAAUGAGGGAGAAAUCAAUGGACAAGAUUAGAUUAGAUCAUAUUUCUUAUCACAUAUUCCAGUUAGUUGUGAAAUAUCUAUACACUGAUGAUUGCGAAAUUACACUGGAGGUAAUAACAUUGAAUAUUAAUAGCAUCUAGAACUCAAUGGAACUGUUUGAAGCAGCAGAUUAGUUCGGCAUUGAUAGAUUGAAGUCUAUGUGUGAAUAGACAAUAAUGUCAAACAUAGAUAUUGAAAAUGCAGCUGCUAUAUUCCAUGCCUCAGACAUGCACAACGCAGCAAGUCUGAGAGAAAUGGCAAUGAAUUUCAUUUUAUAAAACUUUGACUAAGUUAGUAAAAGCUAAGGCUUUGAUCAGCUAGCUCGAGCUAAUGUAGAUCUAGAACCUAUUGAACAAACUCAAUCUCAAAUUGAGAGAAAAUACAUCAGAUACCCUGAGAAUAAUGAAUUCGCCAAUGACCAUUAUGAAGCACUUUAUAAGCACGCUCAGGAAGACCAGUAAGGAUACUUUGAUCAAGUUGCAAAGGAAGUCUCAUGGCAUAAGCCCUAUACCAAAAUCUUAGACGACUCAAAAGCACCCUUACAUAGAUGGUUCCCAGAUGGCGAGAUCAACAUCUGCUAUAAUGCAAUAGAUAGACACGUGGAAAACGGAGACGGCGACAACGUUGCAUUUAUUUAUGAUUCAGUUUACACGAAUAUACAGCAAAAGAUCUCUUACAAAGAUGUACAAAAUAGGGUAGGAAGGAUAGCUAACUUCUUAAGAAAAAGAUUUGGCAUUGAGAAGGGCGAUAGAGUGUUACUUUACAUGCCAAUGAUACCAGUUAGUGCUUACUUUAUGUAUGCGUGCGCCCGUCUGGGAGCAAUUCAUUCUGUGGUGUUUGGUGGAUUUGCUGCAAUGGAGUUGGCUAACAGAAUAGAUGAUUGCCAGCCAAAAGUGAUUAUCACUGCAUCUUGUGGUCUUGAACCUGGAAAGGUUAUUCAUUACAGACCUAUUGUAGAUGAAGCCUUAUCUCUAUGCAAGAAAGUUGAAGAUGCCUCUAAGACGGUGAAGAGAAUCAUUGUGCAGAGAAAAGAUAAAUUUGAAGAGAAGGAUUUGGAUAAGGAAGUAUAUUUUGAUUAUGAUGAGCUAUUAAAUGACGAGCAAGAGCUGGCUGAAUGUGUCCCAGUUGAAGCCACUCAUCAACUCUAUAUCUUAUAUACCUCUGGCACUACAGGUACUCCCAAAGGAGUUGUAAGAGACACUGGUGGAACAGUUGUGGCCCUCAAUUGGACUAUGAAGAACAUCUUUAAUAUCCACAAAGGAGAUGUUUGGUUCUCUUCAAGUGACAUUGGUUGGGUUGUUGGACAUUCUUUCAUCAUUUAUGGGCCCUUGAUAAGAGGCGCUACUUGUGUAUUCUUUGAAGGUAAACCUAUUAUACCAGAUGCAGGAGUUCUUUGGAGGAUUGUUGAGUAAUACAAAGUGAAAUCAAUAUACGUGGCCCCUACAGCAGUGCGUAUUGUAAAGAAGGAGGAUUAUGAAGGACUGCUAGUCAAGAAAUACGAUGUUAGCUCACUUGAGGGCUUCCACCUUGUUGGUGAGAGAUGCGACCCAGACACCAUUUGGUGGAUUCACAAGCAUCUGCCUCAUGUUAUCAUCAAUGACACUUGGUGGCAAACCGAAACAGGCUGGCCUAUUUCUUGCAACUAUCUGAACAAAGAUGACUUUAAAACAGUAUUCCCAACCUUACCAGGAAGUGUCACCAGACCUGCUCCAGGCUAUGAUGUGAGAAUAGUAGAUGAUUAAAAUCAUGAAGUCAAGGAGCCCAAUACUCUAGGGAAAGUUGCAAUUAAACUUCCUAUGCCUCCAUCUUUCAUGCUGACUCUCUGGGGAAAUGAUGAGGCAUUUAUUCAAAAAUAUCUUUCAGACACUCCAGGAUUCUACACAACUGGAGAUGCUGGUCUUAUUGAUGAUAAAGGCUACCUCCAUAUUAUGACAAGAGUUGAUGAUGUUAUUAAUACAGCAGGUCAUCGUCUAUCCACUGGGAGACUUGAAGAAGUCAUCAAUGAUCACUCUAGUGUAGCUGAGUCUGCUGUUGUUGGACAUUUCGAUGAGGUCCGUGGAGAUUGCCCUGUAGCCUUUGUUAUCCUAAAAGGGUCUAAUGAAUAUAUUGAAGGUUUGACUGCAACAGAUCAAGCAAAAUUAUUCAAAGAGAUUAAUGAAAAAGUUAGACAUGAUGUUGGCCCAAUCGCUAGACUAGAAGGAGUCAUAUUCGUCACUAAGUUACCAAAGACUAGAUCUGGUAAAAUCCUUAGAGGAACAAUCAAGAAGAUCAUCAAUGAUGAAGAAUAUAAGACUCCAGCUACAAUUGAAGAUUUGAGUGUUCUUGAUAACAUAAAAGAAAAGGCAUAGCAAUGGCUUCAGGCUAAGAGAGAUGCCCAGCAAAAACAAUGA